UUCAUUCAGCGUUGCUUGGUGAAGGUUGCGUUUCGGGUGGGAGGUAUAAAAGGAGCGUCAGCCUCCCUCAAACCACAGUUCAAGCUGAAACACCUCAGCAUGAAGGUCUUGGUAGCAGCACUCGCCCUCGUGGCCACACUUGCAGUGACCGGGAGCGCUGAGCCCCUCCCAGAAGCUGACCCGGGUUACCAUAGUGGAUUUAGAGGCUUCGGUGGCAGAUCCCAUGGAGGAUUUGGAGGCUUCAGCGGCAGAUCCCAUGGAGGAUAUGGUGGUUAUGGUGGUCAUGGUGCCUACCGUGGCAAGAGAAACGCCGAGGCAAAUCCUCAACCCGAAGCCGAAGCUUUGGCUGAGCCUGAGGCUGAUCCCAGUGGUGGUCAUGUAAGGUAUGGUGGCUACGGUGUUUAUGGUGGCUUCCAAGGAAUUGGCCAGCACCACCACCACCAUGGCAAAAGAAGCGCUGACGCAGACCCCGAACCUGACUUUAGUCGUUAUGGCGGCUUUGGAGGGCAACCUGGUGGCUUUGGUGGCUUCAGAAGAUAUGGAGGAUACGGACGAGUAGCAGCACUCGCCCUCGUGGCCACACUUGCAGUGAAUGGGAGCGCUGAGCCCCUCCCAGAAGCUGACCCGGGUUUCCAUAGAGGAUUUGGAGGCUUCGGUGGCAGAUCCCAUGGAGGGUUUGGUGGCUAUGGUGGUCAUGGUGGCUAUCGCGGCAAGAGAAGCACCGAAGCCAACCCUCAACCCAAAGCCGAGGCUCUGGCUGACCCUAAGGCUGAUCCCAGUGCUGGUCAUCUAGGCUAUGGCGCCUACGUUGGUUAUGAUGCCUUCCAAGGAGUUGGCCACCUGCACCAUUAUGGCAAAAGGAGCGCUGAAGCAGACCCCGAACCUGGCUUUAGUCGUUAUGGCGGCUUUGGAGGGAUUGGUGGUGGCUUUGAUGGCUUCAAUAGAUAUGGCGGAUACAGACGAGUAGCAGCACUCGCCCUCGUGGCCACACUUGCAGUGACUGGGAGCGCUGAGCCCCUCCCGGAAGCUGACCCGGGUUUCCAUAGAGGAUUUGGAGGCUUCGGCGGCAGAUCCCAUGGAGGAUUUGGUGGCUAUGGUGGUCAUGGCGGCUACCGCGGCAAGAGAAGUGCUGAAGCCGAAGCUCUGGCUGACCCCGAGGCUGAUCCCAGUGCUGGUCAUCUAAGCUAUGGUGGCUACGGUGGUUAUGGUGGCUUCCAAGGAAUUGGUCGCCAGCACCACUAUGGCAAAAGGAGCGCUGACGCAGACCCCGAACCUGGCUUUAGUCGUUAUGGCGGCAUUGGAGGGCACGGUGGUGGCUUUGGUGGCUUCAGUAGAUAUGGCGGAUACGGACGAUAAUGUGGUCGUGUCAGGAACCUCAUCAGUGUCAACUUCUGUAACAUUUUCAAUUGAACAAUGGUAAUAAACUUUGCAGGCUGUAAAA